AUGAUGGUCCCUAACGAAUUCGAUUUCUUCCCCAAGGCUACGGGCACUCUGCCCAUUACAACGCCUACUUCGGUGGCUCCCAUCCCCACAGUGAUCCCCAGUGUGCCGAUCUUUCAGGAUCUGCAUGAUACGGGGAAGAGGACUCUUUGGGUUGUUACCGUCUUAAUGGGCGUUUCUUCGCUGGUCUUCUACGCACUUGCUGCUCGUGCCCCACUGUCCAAACGAGUCUUCCACACCCUAACAGCCCUAACAACAACCCUCUCCUUCAUAACCUACCUCGCCCUCUCAACCGGCCAAGGAAUAAGCUACAAAUCCGCCCACAUAACCCACCACCACAAACACGUCCCCAACACCACAGACAUCUACCUGCGCCAAGUCCUCUGGCUUCGCUACAUAAACUGGGCGCUCUCCACCCCGCUAAUCCUAACUAACUUCGCCCUGGUCUCAGGCCUGCCCGGCGGCCAUCUAUUCGCGGCGAUCGCGGCAAAUUUCGUCAUGCUUGCGGCCGGCGUGUUGGGUAGUUUUGCGGGUCAUACGAAGGUGCGCUGGGUUUGGCUGGUUAUUUCUUGUUUGGCUUAUUUGGUGCUUGUGCAUCAUGGGGGGUUCCAUGCGCAGAGGGCGGCGGGAAAUAAGGAUGUGCGGACGAAAAGGUUUUUUGCGGCCCUGUCCGGGUUGGCAUUUUUUGCUUUUGCCUUGUUCCCGAUCUCCCUCGCUGCAGGUUCCCUCGCUUUAAAGAUCAGCGUUGAUGUCGAGACUGUUCUUCUUGCUAUUCAGGAUAUCUUUACGCAGGGACUUCUGGGUUACUGGCUUUUGGUGCAACAUGACAGUGCUCAGGGAAUUACCCUCUAUGUGGAUGGCUUCUGGUCUUCGGGCGUUGGUAACGAAGGGGCUAUUCGCAUUACCGAGGAGGAUGGCGCGUAA